CAGCUUACUCAGUAGAGUGAUGUCACCUGGCACCUGACCAGUCUGACACAGAAACCAGGGCUGAAGAUGCCCCGCAAAAAGCAAGUGAAUCUUCCACCCGAGGAAGAAGCCAUCGUUCUGGCCAAUGUUGCCGAGCGAGCAGAGCGGUACGAUGACAUGAUUGAGUACAUGAAGGACCGUGUCAAAGCUGGAAAAGCCCUCAGCAGGGAGGAGAGGGAGAUGUUUGCUGCAGCUUUCAAGGGUGCGAUGAGCAGCCGUCGACUUGCGGUCCGUGUGUGCAAGAGCAUUCAAAGUCAGGAGGAGGAAGCCGAAAAGGAGAAGAACGCAGCUCUUGCAGCGGGAUACCUGAGCAAGGUCCGCUUGGAGCUACAGGGCCUUUGCAUUCAGGUCCUUGAGCUGGUGGAAGGGACCCUUCUGCCAAAGGCAGAGAACGGGGAACCCAUCGUCUUCUACAAGAAAAUGCAAGCUGAUUACUAUCGAUACUUGGCAGAGUUUCUCGAGAACGAUGGCAAGAAAGAAGCUGUUGCCAGUGCAAUCGAAGUCUAUGCGGAUGCAACCACGGAGGCUGAGCGGCAUCUCAUGGUGACGCACCCUGUGCGCCUGGGCGUUGCUUUGAACUACGCGGUGUUCCAGCAGGUUAUCCUCAAGGACACUGGAGCUGCCAUACAAACAGCCAGGGAGGCAUACGUGGCGGCUGUCCGCAACCUGGAGGGAAUGCCAGAGGAAGCUGUCCGAGAUGCGCAUCCACUCCUUGCAGUACUUCUGGACAAUUUGAGGGUUUGGUCGCCUGACGACUUUUCCUAGCCAGUGCCCUCCUUUGUCUCACUCGUCCUACUGCAUCCGCAGAGGGGGAAAAAGUCAACUUUGUG